UCAACUCAGCAUUCGCCAGCCAGCAGCAUCACUUCCCAUGUGCAUUGCCACUUCUUCCUUGCUCGCCAAAAGAUUUUUGCAGAAAAAUCCAGAAGAUUGUUCUUCAUUGUUCUUGUAGCCAGGGACACGAAUUAGUAGCUAAUACAGGACGACCCAGUGUACCGCUGGUGACGACGAGUUCUUCGAGAAUCAUCUGCUGAAGAAGGAAAGGAAUCAGUAAUUCUGCGCCGAGCUUAAUAAUCUCUUUGGUGGUGACAAAAACGGUCAGGAAACUAGUACAAGUAACAUGGUGAAGGAAACGCAGUACUACGACAUUCUCGAAGUAAAACCGGGAUGUACAACGGAUGAGUUAAAGAAAGCCUAUAGGAAACUUGCCCUCAAGUACCACCCAGACAAAAAUCCCAAUGAAGGGGAGCGAUUCAAGUUGAUCUCGCAAGCGUACGAAGUUUUGAGCGACCCCGAUAAACGCCGCGUUUAUGAUGAAGGUGGCGAGGAUGCUAUCAAGGGUGGUGGUAACACCGGUCCUGGAGGAUUCAGCUCUCCUAUGGACAUAUUCGACAUGUUCUUUGGCGGCGGAGGUGGCUUUGGUGGGGGCAGAGGUCGUCGGCAAGAACGUAAAGCGAAAAACGUGGUUCAUCAAUUGUCUCUGCCCUUAGAAGACCUGUACAACGGCACGACUAGAAAACUCGCCGUCCACAAGAACGUUAUAUGUGAAAAAUGUUCUGGUAGUGGCAGCAAGUCAGGAAAAGCUCCAGAGAAAUGUCCAGGCUGUAAGGGCCAAGGGAUGAUCUUCCGUGUACAACAGCUUGGCCCAGGAAUGAUUCAACAAAUCCAAACAGUGUGCCAUGAUUGUCAAGGUGCUGGAGAGCGUGUCAAUCCUGCUGACCGUUGCAAAAACUGUCAAGGGAAGAAAAUAAUCAAAGAUAAGAAAAUCAUCCAAAUUCAUGUCGACCGAGGCAUGCAAGAUGGAGAGAAAAUAACUUUACACGGCGAAGGAGACCAAGAACCAGGAAUUGCGCCUGGUGAUAUUAUCAUCGUUGUCGACGAAAAGCCUCACCCAGUGUUCAAACGUGCAAACCAUGAUUUGAUCAUGACCAUUGAUCUUGAGUUAGUUGAAGCUUUGUGCGGCUUCCAAAAGACAAUUGAAACCCUUGACGGUCGACAAUUGGUUAUUACCAUGAUUCCAGGAGAAGUUAUUAAACCUGGUGAAGUUAAAUGUGUCAUGAACGAAGGGAUGCCAGUUUCUGGAGAUUACACGCACAGAGGGAAACUCAUUAUCCAAUUUAAUGUCAACUUCCCCAAGGAAAUUCCUCCAGAAUUGGUAGCAACUCUAGAAAACUGUUUGCCUCCGAGAAAUGAGUGCAUCAUUCCAGACGGCUCGGAGGAAGUCACCCUAAUGGACUUUGACCCAAAGAAUCAUACUCGACGACGCCAAUAUGCGCACGAAGAGGAUGACGAACCCCGUGGUCAAGGAGUUCAAUGUCAGUCACAUUAGAAAGUAAUAAUAUCCACCUUGAUUUCGCUCCUUUUGUCGUCUGGUCAUCAUUGAAUAUUAGUAGAUCUUUACACUCAAAAAUCUUAUACUACUUCGUACUCACGUUUUCUCAUUUACACUACACGACCCAUCCUAUACUCGUUCUCCUUCCGUCUCAUUGUUAGAUUCGCUUCCUCGUCCUAAUCGGGAUCAUUUAUUCGGUAAUGUAUGACAAGGUUCAAAGUUACUAUUUGAAAAUCCAAAAAUAAACGAUACAUAAACUGCAGAAUUGUGAGCAAUUGAGUUAAAUGUCAACUUUCUCAUCUAUGUAUCUACAUGACAUGUUAUUUAUUAUUAUAUUUCAUCCUAUAUUUGAAUAUCACUUUUCAAGCAAAACAUUUCAGUUAGUAAUCAUCCAUAGAUCAAAAAAAGUAUCAAUUUAACUAUACCUCUACUAAAGACGAAGUAUUAGUAAGCUUUGUUUUAGUCUUAGUUUAAAAAAUUGUAAAUGACGAUAAAAUAUAUAUUAUUGCCUCAUUUUUUUGUGCGAGUGAUGUGUGUCCGAUUUUCAAAGAAAUUAUAUAUUACUUUUAUUAUUCGCUAUGUAUGUACUUAUUCUUAGGGGUGCUUCUGUGAUUUUGUUUUGUGUGGAUUCUCCAUAAUAAUUGUACUUGUAGGCAUUGACAUUAGUUAUAUGAUUACUAUGCACAAGUGCGAUCAUACAUUUUACUUGUACCUUAUGAAUAUAUUUGUCGCUUGUAAAAUAUUGACCGUAUUACAAUUUUUUGUUACAAUUACAGUUAUUGAAAUACUUAUUGCAAUACAAAGGCGUCUUAAUAGAAUUAGUCGACUAUGAUAAAUAAGUAGAGUAAAAUGUCAAAAAUGAUUUUGUGUUUGGAGAAAUCACAACGCACAGCAGCAGCAGAAUGAUACACGUUCUCACUAUUAAGUCUACCUAUCUAUGUACAAUGAUACAAUAAUAAGUGUAAUUUUAUGUACAACGCAUUUAUGCAGUAAUAAAACGGGAGAAGUAAUGUCCAAUCUCAACUCGA